UUUGCAAUAUUUAAUAUUCGAUGUACGAAUCUAAGAGAAAUAAUUCACUCUUUUUGUUAAUAGGAAUAUAUUUACACAGAGAACAUAGCAAUGGCGGUUACCGGUUAGCACCGGGAUGUUUACUUAGCCUCAUUCUGAAAGUGUGGCGGCAGUAGAAUAACAGGAAAAUGGUGGAUACCAAAAACAAGCGAAAUUCUUUAAUAUUUAUUUAUUCUCUGAAAAUUUGACUACAUUUUGGAGCUACAGGUAUAUAGCUUCAAGAACUAAAGAUCUCAAAUAUCAACUUAAUCAUUUAUCCAAUCUUUUUUCAAUGAGUUUUCAAAGAUGCAUGGAAAUUGGAAGACAGAACUUUUGACUUUAAAGGGCAUUUUUACAAUUGUUUAAAUUAUGUUUUGGUUUAAAUUCCUGCAAUGAUUCGGAAGAAAUAUUUAAUGAAAUGCCAGAAUUUUUCUCUCCAAUUGAAUAUAAAAAGAAAAGGAGAAAUCUCUCAUUUUCUCAAAGAAGCCAUUACUAUCGGCCUUAUAGAGAAAUGAAAGCUCGUAAAAACACUUUGGCAUUUCAUAAAUCUUGUCGUAUAUUUAAAGCUAAGUCAGUGUUGAAACUGAAAAAAUUUCUCUCUAGCAAUACCUGUUCCAAAGAACACAGAACAGUGCCCAACAGUAUGGAUGAGAAAGAAGUUGAUUUUGUGGUGAUUGAGUCUUGUGAAGAUCAUGGUAAUGAUAAAUUAGUCAAGAAGAUUGAUGUCUGUUCUCCUCGAGAAGAUGAUUACAAGAAUGGCAGCAACAGUGCUGAGAAAUUACUUGUCACUGCAGCAAAACAAGUAGAGAAAUCUCCUGAAAUCUUAUCGGCAACAAAAAAGAUAACGGAAAUGCACUCAGUUAGUGCCAAUGUAGAAAGUGAUUCUGUGGUUGAUACAGCAGUUGUUGACAUUGAAGCAGAAGAAAAUAAGACAGAAGAGAGUUGUGACCAGUCAGCUGUAGAAUGCCAGGUUGCCAAUAUUGAUGCUGAACCAGUUGAAUUGUUAAAUGAAGCUGAAAAGAAAGAGAUUUCAUCUGAAGUAGAGAACAAAAUAAUUGAGGCUAAUCUUGAUAAUCAAUCUAAUUUUCACAGUAAUCUCAAAGAAGAUGGUAAAAUUAGUGAGGUAUCUUUUCAUCAGAGAAACUUAGAAGAUAUUACUGGUACUAUAGAAAACAAUAUAAUUCCCGAUACACUUAAAAACCAGGAUAAAAAUGGUGUUAGGGAACUUCCGAUGGAUUAUAGCAAUGAAAAGCAAAUUAAUCAAGUAAAAAAUUAUUCGUCUAAAAAUAAUUCUUCUGCAUCCAAUCAUGGAUCUAUUGUUGUAGAUAAAGAAAAAUCAAAGUCUAGUUCCAGCAGAACUUGUAGGAGAGUGUGCAAAAAAUCUGACUUGGCUAGCAACAAUCAACAAAGGCAGCAACCAGAGGUGAAAGCAAAAAAUGAAAAUAACCAAGAUUUUUUAGCUAGAACUGAUUGUGUUGCAGAGAACUCUGCAAGUGGCAAUGACACUUGUCUUUCUCCAAGAAGUGUCAUUGUUAUUCCUCCAAAGACACCCCCUUCCAAAUCCACAUCCAAACCUUUGAGAAACAGAACUAAGUAUUUGCAGUGUCAAAAGAAAAGUUUUAAAUUAAAAGAUUCAGUUUUAUCAAAACCUAGCUUGUCUGUGAUAAAAAAGCCAACAUUCUCAGAUUCUAGUGGAAUGUCUAACAAGACUUUUGCUACUAACAAGUCUGGUCAGUUGGACUGUGUCCAAAACCAGCCAGAUUUUCAGUUCAUCAGUGAUGAACUAAAUUUUCUAAAUUCAGAAAGUGGGAAGUUAGCAACCCAGCUUCACAAAUCAGACAAACAGAAGAGACUAGAAAGAAAGAGGAAAGGAUCUUUCAUUCGUAGUAUUUUGAAGAAAAAUUUAGGUGCCAAAAGAAGUAAAAAGUCUGAAAGAACGACAAACCCUCCUCCUGAGAAGUCAGAUACAGAAUCUUCUGAAUUAGAUUUGGAAAUUGAUUCAAGUUCUGACUUUGAAUUUGAGAUGGAUCGGAGGCUGGAAGAGAAUGCUCGCAAGAACAACCUUAGUGUAAUGAAUGUCAAAAGUAUACUUCAUGGAAUGAUGACUCCAUGGCCAUUGCCCUCCAACAAAAUAUCAGAAAGUAAAGUAAGUAUCUUGGAUAUCCCUUUCAAUGAAGAUGAAGAGGAUGAUGACUAUAACCCAGAAAAAGAUAUCACGGCAGAGAUUGAAAGUGAUGAUGACACCGAAAGUUUAAAUUCCUCGUUAACAUGUUCUCCUAACUUGCAUCUCAUGAAAUCAUCCAUGACAACACUGACCGAAAAUUGCAAACAAUCUUUGACUGAGACGGAUGAUGAAGAUAAGAAGGAGGACGUGUCUGAAGAGACAAUUGCCCGUCGAACUCGUUCUAAACUACCUUUGCAUGACACGUCUCUGACUGAAUUAGAGGCUCAUUUUGUAGCCCCUGACAUUACUGAAGAUAUGUAUGACACAGAGUGCAAUGAUAAAGAUUGGAAAGACUUUUUAAAAUCACUCACCAAAAGCCAAGAUGUAGAAGACCCUAGUGAAGCCCUCGAUGAUGAUGCCAACGACCCAGAAUAUAACUACUUAGCUGAAGCUGAGAAUGAACUGCCAGAUGAUGAAGACUUUAGAAAUGACCGGUUGGUGCGUGUGUCAAAGAAAGAGUUGCAUGGUCUGUUGGAUGAAUUGUUUAAUGAGGAUGCAAAUGAAGAAGAAGAAACUAUGUUACAACCAAAUAUUUUGACUGGGACUGAUAUUUGUAAAUUUGGUCAACCAUCAAAUGUAGAUAUUACUGUCACACCUGAGCAGACUUUGAUUAUUGCGGAACAUGUGAAACAGCACACCCAACUUCUUUGUCAGCUGGCACUGUUAACCCAUGGCCAAGAGGAUUAUAUUAAUGAAAGCAAUCAAUGCAUUAAAUUUUUGCAAGAAUUAAAAAUGUUUGGUAAUCAGAGCCCAGCAAAGGACAAGUCAGUGUUUCUUGCUAGCAACUUGGAAGGAUCCUUAAAAGUCCUAGAGGAAUUUCAACCAAGUGUGACGAAGAAAAAUUUUUGUAAAAGUAAUGGUUUAUCUGAAGACCUAAAAAAGUUAUUUGUGGCAAAGUCAGAUAUUUUCCUGUAUUCGCCAUUGUUGCCAAUAUGUGGCUUCACCCCUAAAGUUAAGCUCAGGAAUCUUAAACUUACCUUUUCUCCUGCUCAAGACAAUCUUUUAGCUUUGGGCUUUGAACAGUUCCGUCAUGUGAAUUCAUUUAAAAGGUGUAUGUACAUCAGACAGUUAUUAUUACCCUGCCGAACUGAAAAGCAAAUCAGGGCACGGCUAAAAAACCUUCGUUCCAAAAGAGCUGUUGAUAACCCUGUCAAGGUUGUUGCACAAACUAUGAAACUACCUGAUGACUUUCCCACUGCGACACUGAGUCAAGCUCAAAGCUUCUUAUCUCCUGAGGGAAGUUCACCUCACCCAGAUGCUCCAAACUGGUACAAAUUGAUAAUUGAUCCUCCGUCCGAAAAGACCUCGCUGCUAACACGGAAAGCUACUAAACCCAACAGCCGUCGGAAGCAAGUUAAGAGUAAAAAACUAGUUGGAAGUAAUCUACAAACAUCGAAGGAGAAAUUGGUCCUCUCGUCACCUCCUACUCUUGCAAUAACUAGCGUUAACUUGGUACCAACUGAUGCCCAAGAAAUUUCUCAGAAUGUCCACCUGAUGUGUGGAGGGACAACAUCAGAAGUUAUACUCUCAGAUUUCCGUCCAGGUCAGCUGUCCUCUAGUGCCAACACUCCAUCAAAGUUAGCUUCACCAUUGGUCAGUUUUGAACAAAGGGAUUCUUCACCAAAUCCAGACAAAUCAGAAUCACCAGACCAUGUUGCCAGUAGUUCUAUCGAUGUUAUAGCGACAGUAGCCAGCCAGUUAUUGUCAAAUAGUAACCCUAUUGUUAGUGCCAGAAACUCUGCUUUCAUAUCUGAAGCCUUAGCCAAGCAAAAAGAACUCCAGAAGACCCCAACCAAAAACCUGCUUCCUGUCUAUGAAACUGUACAGUCAAAAGGACUUCUUUCAAGCAAUAAAUCUGCUGUUUUUAAGCACCUUGCACCCAAACCCCAACAGAUUUCUCCGCCUGGUUGUCGGCAGAUAUCUCUGUGUUUGGAGAAGAAGCGCAACAGUCCUCGCAGGCAAAAGUUGCAACAAAAGGCACGUCUUAUUUGUCCGAAAGGAGUUUUGAUAAAACCUCACUUCUCACCCACCAGCAUGGCAGCUUAUGGACUCCGGAAGCGAGCAAAACGGUCACCACGAAUGACUACAAGGAAUGCUGAACCUCAAACCAUUCUGCCUAAAAAUGUUACCCAAUCUCCAGGUCUUGAGAAUGCUUGUUGUAACCUCAGUACAAAACGGUUAAAGGAAGUAUUGCCACUGAACCAAAGAUCUUCAGUUUCUCUUAGACAUUCAACAAAUACUCUAUCCAAAAAUUUGAAUGAUUCCGGCAGCAGCGUUAAGAAAGAUGACUGGUCGGGUCCAAAGACAGUAGAAAAAUCUCCUGCUGCACCUACCAGUCAAACGGAAGACACUGAUACAGCCGGUACUGCUAGCAGUGGGAUAACCAGCGGGAGUUGUUGCCAGUCGGAGAAUGAAAACUGUCUCUUGGAGAAUGGUGAUAGCCAUAUUGCAGAUUUGAUGGCGGCUAGCAGCACAAUCGGCUGUCAUCAGAAAAGGAGUAAAGAUACACGAACCAAAGCACAGAAACGGAAUGACAUCAAACUUGCCAUGUUGGCACCAAAUUUAAUUGAAAAAGACCCUCGGAGAGAUCACCGAGACACCAUUUUUGCUUUGGCUUAUCUGAAUAAGGUCAAAGAAACUUUGAAAACUGAUAUAGAGCGCUAUGAACAAUUCCUCAGGAUUUUGUUUGAAUUCGGCAAGAGUGAUCAUUCACCUGUUGUACUGUACAAAAACCUGUCAUAUUUAAUGAAGGACUAUCCUGAACUUGUACAUGACUUUGCAGCGUUCCUCUCUCCAGAACAUGCUCUCCUCUGUGGCUGUUACAAAACUACAGUAGACUUUCUUAGGGCUCGCAACUUCUUACGUAAAAUUGAGAUUAUUUUUGAGAAACAUCCUAGUCAGUACCUAAAGGUUCUAAGAAUCUUUGCGGAAUGGCAGAGGAAGGUGACGCACAAGGAAGAAGAACUUCAUGAAAUGUUACUGCCAAUGUUUAAGGGACAAGAUGAACUUUUGGCUGAAUUCUCAGGGUUAUUUGGAUUUCAACCACCUCCAGAAAGUCAACCUGAAGACUUUGAAGAAGUCACUCUUGAAGGCGGAGAGUCUGAGAUGAACAAUAAGUUAAUGGGUUAUGAGGAUGUUGAGUUACCUGAUGCUGCUAACCAGUAUGGAAUGCCAGGUUGUCCAUGUCAGUGUCACAAAGACAAAGAGAAAUUACCCACCGAUGGAUUAAAUAAGAAGAAAACAAAGAGUAAACGAAUGUCACAUUGUUCUCUCUGUAGUUUGACAGUCAAAGAUGGUAAAUUGUAUUUUAAGACAACUGGAAAACUGAAACAUGUGCGUGCCAAAAUCUCAGAGCCGUUUCAUCUAAGUGACCCUGACAAAGAAUCUAAUCCUGAAGAACCUCUGAUUCUGUUAGGAGAUACAAAGCUUGACCACAAGGAUCAUUCUGCAGAUGUUUGCAAAGAUGGAAAUAAUUUGUCUGUCAGAUCACCAGCUUCAUCAGAUUUAUUAACAAAGCACAAUUCUCCAAACAAAGAGAUGUCUUCAAGCACCAAUGGUUCUUCUGUUGCAGUACUGAUGUCUGAAGCUCAGAAUAUGAAAUCUCAUGAAAAUAAUAAAGUUGAGAGUUCGCCAAAUACAGCAAAGUCUGUGUGUGUGGAUAAACCUGUAGUGCUUUCAAACUUUGAUGAAAUGGUUCCUAAAGCCUCAAAUCCAACAAGCAAUGAUAUUCUAGCUAAAGCCUGGGAACAAGCCUGCAGGAGUCCAACGGAUAGUGUUGAACCAGAUGAUAGUUUACAAGAUUUACUUCAUAUUCCUGUCAAUCAAAACCAACCAAAGACUGUUGUAUCUGAAGUUGGUCCUAGUAUGUCAACAGAUUUUCUUCUUCCUUCCCAACGAAAUCUUUCAGCAAUACCAGCUGUGAUUACUUCAACAUCUGUCACCCAUCAGUUACCUGUCCCUAAUCUGACAGUCGUUCCUUUGUCCACAAUCACUGUUCCACCUCAACUCAACCAAAUAACACUGCCAACAUUCAGUCACCUCAUACCUAACUUCAAUCACCACAAUGGAACACUACUCUCUAAGAGCAAGCCAUGGCAGUUGUCUAAAGUGGAGAGGCGUGGUGCCAUUGACAAUUUGCUCAAUUCGGCUGUUCUUAGUAAAAAACAUUUACAAGUAAUAACACCAAACUCAAAUGACUAUGCUAACCAACAAGCCAUCUCGAACCAAUUAUUUUCAGAAGGAACCAAUACUUCUAACAGAUGGACAAAAUGGAUGGACAAGAUGAUUCUUGAUAGUGUAAGGAAAGAUGGAAUUAAUGCUCAAGUAUUUGAAAGACUUUCUUGUAAGAUAAAUGGUCGAACGCCAAAACAAAUUAAAGAAAGAUACUCAGAGUUGCUGCAGCUUCUUGAACAAAUGAAACAGUAGAGAACAGACUUACUGAACGCAAUGUUCCUUCUUCCAUCAACUGCUGCUGUUGGAAUAACAGAAGUGACAAACUAACAAUCAGUAUCACCUACAUACAUACUGUCAUCUCUGUGAGGAUGUGUUUAUACAUUGCCAGCAGAGUAUAUAGAAAAAUGUGUGAUAAUGGACAUUGUUAAUAUUAUGCAAUAUUGUAAACAGUGGGGGUUUGGCAGAAUCAAUAGAAUGGCAGACAUAAAGAUACUUUACAGUAUUUGUUCUGGCUCUUUAUGGUUUCAGUUCAAAUUCCACCAAGGUUGACUUUGCCUUUCAUCUUUCCAGGGUUGGUAAAAUAAAGUACCAGUUGAGUCCUGAGUUUGAUCUACUUGGCUACCCCUAUCUACUCACAUGUUUGAGGCCUUGCACCUAUGUAAGAAAUGACUGGAGUGUGUAUUGUGUGUGUGUGUGUAUGUAAUGUAUAUGAGCAUGGCUACAUGGAUAUGAAAUUUGGUCUGUAAAGACAUGGUUUCAAGUUCUAUCUCACUGCAUGGCAUCUUGGCUAAUCAGUGGCUCAUGAGUAGAAAUGGUAAAUGGAAACUAUGGAAACCCAUUAUAUGUGUUUCUGUAACUGUUUGCAUCCCUAGCUUUCGGCUGAAAUCAUUUGAGUAAAAUAUUGAUGUUAUGUUGAUAUUCCCUGCUAACAAAUUGUUCUAUUACUCCACAUUCUUGAAAAUGUGGGAUAAAAACAUCUCUUAUUUGAAAACAGGCCAGGGUUUGCAACAAGAAGAGCAUCUGAUUGUAAAAUAAUGCCUCUUUAAUAAGUUUUCAUCCAACCCAUUCUAACAUGGGAAAAUAGACUUAAAAUGAACAAACAACUGAAUACAUGUAUAUGUGUCUCUCUGUUUUGGUUGACAACCAUGGAACCAAGUGUUCAGUUCCACACUGCCAAUUACUUACAUAAUGUGCUAAUUGCCAUUUUUAUAAUUAUUCUACUGAAAAUUACAUGUAAACAUGGUCAGCUCCAAACUGUGUGAAAGUAGUGGGAUGGAAUUGAUAGCCUAAGAUCACCACAAAUAGAAAUAUUAACCUGACUUGACACAUCUACCACAAAAAUGUAUCAGGGUUUUAUUUUAACAAAAGAAAGAAACUCAUAUACAAACCUACUGUGUAUAUAUUGAGACAUUAUUUGUUACUUAUUAUAUAUAUGCUAUUGCAACUGCUAAAUUCAGUAGCUUCCUAUUGUUGCAAAUAAUGGUUGCUCAAUCUAUUGUAGUUCAUUAAAUCAAUGCUAAGUGUCUCUCAUCCACCUGUAACAGUUUGUAGAUGAACUACUAACUUUGUUCACCAGGAACAGCAAUCGGUUUGGUUAAUAUUCUACAAAUACUGGUUCACCUUCCACUCAUUAACUGGUUAAUUUGUUUAUUCAUUGUCAGAUUCACUGCUCACUUUGUAUAACAAGAUGAUUUACAUGUUCAUUCGACACAACAGCUGGUUAAUUUGUACAUCUUGUACAGUGAUCAGUUAACUUGUUUAUCUUGUAUUGCAAUUCUGGUUAGGUUUGUACAGUGUUAACUAGUUGACUUUUUAUGAUAACUGGUUAACUGGUACAUCUUGUAUGACAGGUUAUCUCAUUAAUCUUGUAUAACAUCUGAUGAACAACCCACUCUGUACAGAACACAGCCCCUUGUUUCCCCUUACACCACCUCAACUCAAGAGAUUAAUCAGAAAACACCAUUUGUUUAUAAGCAGAUUAAUUCAUCCAUUUUUUUUUUAUGUAAGGAGACAAAAUGAAGCAUGAACCAACAGUUAAACUAUGUAUAUACAUACAUAUAUAUAAAUGCAAAUGGGUUGACCACCAGAGUGAGAGGUUUUCAUUUUAACACUGUUGGUUGUCAUGUAUUCACAGUUGUUGGUCAAGGAGGGAGCAGAAGAGAAGACCCUGCCUCCAUAAUGCAUUCACCUGUUUGUAAUGUAGACCCUACACACCAGGUAUGACUGACACCACAAAGACAAAACUAACGAUGAAUAAUUUCUAUAAUACCACCUGAAUUAUUUAUUUAGUUUUAGUAGAUGCCAUUUUGACAUUAGUGAGUCUCUUAUCUAUUUAUAGCCAGUCAAAAAACAUUAAUAAAUCACCAAGAAAGAAAACAGCUUAACAUCAUCUUUAUUUUUUUUUUUAAAUCUCUUGUAUAUUGAAUCUAAUUUAUACUUUUUAUCACCUCGUUUUGACAGUUUUUUUUUUUUUUUUAAAGAAUCUUUUAAUCGAAUUCAAAUGUUGACAUUUGUGACCUGUUAAUGUGUCCAAAAACAUAGAUAAACUAGGUUCUCUCCUUUAAACACUUCAACAAACUGUCAUCUCCAUAAACACACAAAUCAUUAACACUACAUUCCCUGAUAUUUCUGUUCGAUAAAUAAUUGUUGGCCUCAUGUUUUAUUAAAGUCAUUUCAUUUUUUUUUCCAGACUUGUAAAAAAUAUUAUGAAGAAAGAGGAAACAAAUCCUCUCCUUGUCUUUAGUACCACCUCCUCAAUUUUGUUGUAAAGUUUAUUUAUCAUAGUUGUGAAUUGAACAUUCAAGGUCUAAGCAUGAAUUUCCAUGUUAGUUUUUGCAGUGAUUCCUAGUGGUAAAACUCAUCUACUUUCUUUUCUGUUUGUCUGUCUCUCUCUCACUCGUGUGUGUGUGUUUAUUGUCUCCUUGUCUUGACACUGUGCACUAAUUGUGAAUAACACCACUGUCAGGUAGUGCUGUUUGUGUGUAGUCUUGUGAGAAAAUACGUUCCGACAAGGAGAAAAUAUUGCCUUAGUUGAAAACAGAUGAGAGUUGGUGGGCAGCUGCAUUGUAGAAAAUCGCCUCAAUAAACAUUGACCCAUGCAAGUGUGGAAAAGUAUACAUUAAAACAAUAACGUAUAUUUACACUAGGGACAGAAUCUGGUCCACACACCAGCGUGCACUUGUGUAACAGGCAUACACCCAGACUGUGUAGAUAUAAAUUUACAAUUUAUUCUUCAUAUUUCUCUCCGUGGAAGAACAUGACCUAGUGGUUAAGUUGUUGAACUCAAAAUCAUAAGGAUAUAAGUUCAAUUUCAGGAUCAGGCAACAUGUUGUUUCUUGAGUAAGGCAGAUCAUUUAAUGUUGAUCCAGUCUAUUGAGCUCAAAAUGAGUACCAGCUUGUUGGAGGCAGCCUGUUUUCCCUCUUAGUCACCUAAAUAAAUUAGUGAAAGUGUGAUAUAAGAUACCAAAUCAUACUCAUAAGUGACUGCUUAGCUAUUCUGCUACUAGUAGCAACCCCAUGAAUCAAACUUAAUGAUUACUCUUCCUCGUGUAUAACAUGUAUCCUAGUUUUUAAAAGAGCAUUUAGGAAUUUAAAAAAAUGAAAAACCAAUUAUGAUAAGAAAAACAAUAACAUUGACAAAAAUUUAAAUACUUUUAUUAUAACAUUGACAAAAUGUGUUUUGUUUCUGGAGUCUGGCUGUUAGUUAUGGGACAUGUAAUUACAAUUUGAUAUCUGCUAGAUUUGUGACUGCCUGUCUUUAAAGUCAGGUCAGAACCUGGUAUUUGUGAUGGGACAAAAAAUAUUGAAAGUUGACCAGCUGUAUAGCAUUCAAGUAACUAAGUUUAAUAAAGCAUGAAAUUUAAGAAUUAAGUUUAAAGAACUAAAGAAAAGGUAACUUAAAGAGUACAAGAAAUAAUAAUGUAUAUACUAUAUAAAAGGAUUGUGUGUGUAGCUAUAAAUGUAAAGCAUUUUAAUAAAAGUGAAAUCUGUUAGCAGACUACUUAACGUCUAGAAUAACACGUAUAUGUAAUCUAUAUUAAAACUGGUGAAGUUAAAUCAGAGAAUGUAUUCUACAAUGACUGAGGUGAGUUUUUCUUUUAGUUUCUGAAAUUACGUGAUACCUUUUCUCUCUCUGUUCUGUGCAAAGGAAAGAUGACACAACCACUUAGGAAUCAUUGCAACAAGGAACAUAACUACUAAAAUGGAGUAACUAGUUUUCAAAAAAAAUAUGUCAUAGAUUUUUGGACUAAAACAAUAUAGGGCAAAGUUUGAAUUGUAGCUCUAGUGAAGUCACCACCAUUUAUUCCAUGUGUUUGAAUGUUUAUAAUUUUGGCUUUGCAUGAAAUUUUAGUCAACAAUAGCUAAUAUAACUAAUAUAUUUGCUCACUCUGGUUUCAUUGUUAAGCUUUAAAAAGUUUACUAAGAAACCAUUAAACACUUAACUGCCAUCAAACCUACCAAACAAUCAAUCAAUCAAUCAUUUUUUUUACACAUUGAUUCUUGAAAUUAAAAUAUUUUUUUAGAAAAUCAGUAAACAAACAAAAAAUUAAGUGAAUCCUUUAUAAAAUAACAAAAAGUGUUUUCUUUGUGCAAUCGUUCUCUCAACUACAGUUUAUCACCAAGGGAUUUUGUAAAUAACAGUGUUGCCUCAUUUUCUGGAUGAAAGACAACAAAAAUUAAAACAAAAAAAAAAGUCUCCAAUAUCUCUGUCUAAAGUUUUAUUUUUGCCAGGAAUAUUGGGUUGGCUGUAAUUGAGUUCACAUUAUGUAAAAUAUUAAAAGCUGUUGUAUCUUUUCAUCA